AUGACGUCUUUGUUCUGGUUCAGAGCAUCUAACCAUGGGAAAUUAAAACUUCGGGGAAUAGACGCCUACAACAAAGGCCAUUACACCAAAGCCAUAAAAUAUCUCAGUGAUUAUCUCAAAAAAUAUCCAAAGAGUCAUUCGGAACUUAUCUGUCGGGCAAAAGCAUAUAUCAAUUUGCAAGACUACAACGCAGCAAAGAAAGACCUCGAUGUCAUUGUUGAAAUUCAACCUAACGCUAUCGAAGCAUGGAUUUUGCGUAGCCAUGUCUGUCGUAAUCUCAAAAUGACAGAUCAAGUCCUUUUUUCUUUAGGUUGGGCUUUAGACCUUGACCCAGCUAAUCAAGAAGCAUUAUUUCAUCGAGCUGUUUGUUACUACACUCGAUACAAUUAUAGAGAGGCGCUUAACGAUGUGAACAUUUAUCUGUACCGUGCGCCAAAUGAAGUUCCGGCCAUUAAGCUUAGAGCUCAGGUAUACCAUGGUCUAAUGAAUAUGCAACGAUCAAUAGCAGAUUUGGAUAAGUGCGAACAAAUAAACGAAAGGGAUUUGGAGGUCAUGUUACUCAAGGCGAGAGUUUAUCGAACAUUUCUUGCUUAUGAAGAUGCUUUGGUGGAAUUAAAUAAAGCACUCUACAUCGACCCGAACAACGCAAUGGCCAUUGGCAUGCGAGGUGAUAUUUAUGCGUGUAUGAAGUUGUUCACGAAGGCGAUAAGCGAUUUCGAUAGAUCAUUAGCACUCGACCCAUAUCAUCCUUACAUACUAUUGAGGAGGGGAGAACUUUGCAGUCGUAUGAAAGACUAUCCCGCAGCUCUACUAUGGUUCAGCAGAUCCUUAAGCAAGGAUCCUGAUAAUCCGAAAACGUUGGGUUGGCGAGCUGAGAUUUAUUUUCGCAUACGUCAAUAUGACCUUGCAUAUAGAGAUGCCAAGAAAGCAUUGGACAUUCAUCCUUCAGAACCCGUUGCGCUAUGUGCAAUGGGCUCUAUACUUGAAGAACGCAAAGAUUAUGAGGGUGCCAUAAAAUGCUGGACAAGUGCCAUAACUGGUUCUAGUCGAACAGCAUCACUAUAUUACAAGAGAGCUAGCAUUUAUUGCCGCCAGAAAGUAUACAAUUUGGCUUUGGCUGAUGCAAAUACAGCCGUAAGGUUGGAACCGAGAAUUCCUUAUAUGAAUUUGCGGGGUGUCUGCUAUUAUAGGUUGGGACGGUAUGAACAGGCUCUUGCUGAUUUUGCAAUAGUUCUCCAAAGUGAACCGGGGAACAACACAGUGAGGGAAUAUGUGAAUACUAUUCACAAUGUUAACGAACAAAUGUCAAUUCAUAGCGGUUCAUACACCUAUCCGAUGUGA